AUGAACUGCGACCAGAGCCGUCCCGUGUUCUUCGUGGAUGGAGUUCAGCAGCAGCAUCCUGGUCAGCUGCCCAACUGGCACCAGAGGCGUCGAAGGUUGGACGGUGGCAUCCCCACGCUCGCCACGGUGGUCCUGCUGCUCUUUCUGCUGGUGUUUGCAGCGCUGGGCCUUGGCGGAUACCUGAUGUACAACAUGCAGAUGCAGCUGAAGGAUGUGAUGAAGAUGUCACGCGAGUUCAAGCAAGAACAGGAAUUGAGCAGAGCUGAGAAGCAAAUCGGUUUAGAUGAAGCUGGAGGGGAAAAAAACAAAAAUGACGAAAGGACUGCGGCUCACGUCAUAGGGCGAAUCGAAAAGCACAUCUUCCGCAAAACGCUUCGUUGGGAACCACGCGUCGGCGUCGCGUUCACCGGCGGGGGCGUGUCCUACCGGGUGCAGGACGGCGCCUUGCAGGUUAACCAGAGCGGACUCUACCACGUGUAUUCGCGGGUGGAGCUCAUCUUCAAGCAUUGCUCGCCCACGUCCUCCUUCGAACACAACGUGUUUGUAAGGUCACCGUCGACCCCGGAUAAGACCUUGAUGGAGGCCCACCGGACCGGGUUUUGCUCCCGGCGGAGCGAAGCGAAGGAACGCCACGCUUGGACCGCCGAUAGUUACCUGGCGUCGGUUCUGAGACUCCACCAGGACGACAGGGUCCUGGUCAACGUGUCCCACCCCCAAUUUAUCAGUCACUCCAAUCACGGCAACUUCUUCGGACUCUACAAAAUCUGAUUGGGAGUGAUGUCAUCACAUUGCUGCCAAAAGAGAUCAUUAACACUAAUAUGAUGUGUGUAGCAUUAUAUUUAUUCAACACGAGUCCUUGAGCAGGACUUUUUCAAGAUGAUAAAAGGCAGGCUUAUUUACAUCUUAACAUCUUUUUGUAUUUUGUCAACUCAAAAUUAUUUAUAAAGCAGUAGUAGUAAUUUGAGUCAAGUAAAGAAACGAAAGUGGUUCAACCGCAAUGUUCUUGUCCACAUAUUUUCCCGUUCUAUGGUUGUCAUCACAAUUUCAUUCUUGUAAUGACUGCAAAGAACCAAACAGCACAAAACAAUAUUUUGUAACGAUGACGCAAAUGUUUGUUAACCUCUCCACUGGGUUUUUGUGGGCUACAUAUGUGUUUGAGUUUGCUUUGCAUGCCAGUGAGAUGAAGGCGCUCGGCUGCAUGGAGCUUGGUUCUGCAACAGGUCUGGCAGGCACUUCCUUCCUGUGCUAAUAUUGUCAUCGGGGUCUUGAGCCCUGCGGUGACAGCGGCAGCGGCAGUUUUCUUUGCACCGCAAAAGUCAGCAAUAACUUUGAACUUCACUUAUAUGAGUUUAUCUGUCGGCAGUGUAAAUCUGUUUUUAUCAAAUCACCGCAAAUGUUUUUCCUCAAUUGUUUUAUCAUUAUUUUAUGUUCCAUUUAUUCUUAAAAGGUGAUUUCACAUGUUGUAAAAAACGGUUUUAUAUUUUUGAAUAUUUAAAUAAAGCCUACAUUUUGUAACGGA